AUGCUUUUAUCAUUAAGAUUUCUGCAAAGAAUAGCUCCCUGCUACUCCAGUGCUCUUCUACCUUGUGUACUCUCAUGCAAUUGCAUAAGGUUUUAUUCCCAAGCGUUACCCAAUCACAACAAAGCGACUUCGGAGUCAAACACUUUAGUAUACAGCUUGAGUAACUACCAGAGUAGCUUUCCCCAAGACAAGCAAUUGAACAAAGACAUAGCAGCACUAAAACAUUUGAUAGUCAACAGGCAUGAACCACAUGCAUUUAAUGUUGCUAUCUUAUACGAAUCACCAGAAGUACGUCGAAGCUCCAAAAUUAUGGAAGUAUUACUAGCUGAUCCAUUGGCUUCUAACAAUCGAGUGUGGUUUGAGAGAAUAAGAAGAAGACAUGGCUUGGCAAGGUUUUUCUUUGGGGAGUAUACAAAGGAUCUCAUUGAUGAAGACGAUGUGGAAUAUCAAAUACCAUCGCCUGUGCUAAGUGGACUUUAUCGAAACACAUUCCACCAAGAAACUCCAGAAGUCCCUAAUGACCUAAUCAUAGAGGAAUUCGAAAAUGCUAUUCAAUUGGAAAGCAGCGCCAGCGACUGUACAUACGUUAUUUACGUAACUCAGCAAUUUAAGUAUGUUACUACAGAAUUACCCGCUUCCAUAAAAGAUAGACUCCUACUACAAGUAAUCGAUAAUACUGAAUAUUCACCUCUGAGUAGUGAGCUGUCACCACUUUCAAUUGAAGAUGGAAUACAAACGCACUUGAUCAAAAUCAAUAGCAAUCUUGCAUACAGUGGUAUCGCCCAAUUCAUAGAGAGAGAUGUUCAUGCAGCUGAUGAAUACAUAGAUAGCAUGACGAAAAGUAAUGUGUAUGAGCUAUUCAAGUUUGUUGAUUAUUUUCUGAGGACAGAAAGCUUGACUAGUUGGUAUUUGUCGAAGGUGAUUGACUCCGUACUGAGUAAAAUUAAAAUAGCAAAUACAGCCAUCAACGAAGGUUCAGAUGUUGUCAAAUCAGACAUUGAUCAAUUUGGCCAAAUGGUGAAUGCAGAACUACAAUACGAAUUCAUUCCAGAGACCACAAACUUUGUUCAGAAAAAGUUGUCUUGGUGGAAAUUGUAUUAUAAAAACGACAAUGUUGAAUAUGAUUUAAAGGAUUUCUUCAACAAGCAUUUCAUGAAUAAAGGAAUCGAAAACUACAAUUUUCUUCGUGGAAAGAUUCUUUUAAACGACGAGGUGGUGAAAAAUCCGCUUUUUGACUUGAAAGAUGAAGUUAUCAAUAAAAGACUUAAUCUGGAAGUACAGCUUCAAGUGUAUUCAAUACUAUCUAAGGCAUUUAUUUAUUAUCAAUUGCCCAUUUCAGUCAUUGCCGCUUUUGCUUACCAAUUUUUCGAUUUCAGCGGGAAUGCAUGCAUAGCUUUGUUCAGUUUAGGCUGGAUUUUGGGAUUUAACCAGGUGUCGAGGGACUGGAUCAAUUUUAUGAACAAAUGGAUGAACCAGUUAUUUGAAGAAGUAAGAAUCACUAUAGGUAGUAAAUGCAUUGAUGAUGGUCUAAUGAGAGAGUCGAAUGAUCAAUUGAUCAAAAUUAAUACUGAAAACAACAUGCGACAAAAGAUUCUUUAUGAGAUAGAGAAAAGUAGUCGGCUGGAAUAA